AUUAGAAGAAAGAGAGUAAUCACCACGGCGUCAGUUUCCUCACAUGCCUUUGCCUGUCUUCACACUGCUCAUCUUCCUUUAUGAUACAUACAACUCACUCAAUACAAACAGAUCCAAUCCACACAAACAGUCGCACAGUCAUGAUUCAAUGGUGUAUAAUUUGCAUCCGUGAAUCCAUUUGCACUUCCAUUGUGUUGCUCUGAUCAUCCACAGCUUGCCACUUUUAGUGCAGUAAUCUAUUACAGUAGCUUAAUCGUUAUGGAGCACUGAAGAUGGGAUUUGCAAUGUGAUUCUCGUAACUAUUCAACUGAAGAUGAACCGGAGCUUCAGGGAAUCUGCGAUGGGCGACGAACGGAAUAUUACUCUGGCGUCGUUGUCUCGGCAUCGGCGAGGUCUCAGCCUAAACGGACUCUCCAACUCCAAGAACUCCACCGACAAUAACUUGGAUCUCUUCUCCAAGAAUCGCCACAGUCUGCCCGUGGCUGCCUCCAAUAAUUCCGAUGUACCGGUGAAACUGGGGAGACUCUCAGUUGGAUCAGCAAAACAGGGAAAGAGUGGAUUGGAUGAUCUAUUGUCGUCAGCGGAUGGCGGUGGAAAGCAUGAUUAUGAUUGGCUUCUUACUCCUCCUGGAACUCCUAUUGUUCCUUCGACGGAUAGAAAUGAAUCUCAACGAGCUUUUGUGGCUCCAAGAAGCAGUUCAAGGGUUAGAUCAACCUCUACAACCAGAGUGUCAAGGCUUUCGGUUUCUCAGUCAGAGAGCAACCAUCCUGCAAGACCGUCUCGCAGCAGUUCAGUGACUCGUCCUUCUACCUCUAGUUCCCAAUUUACAAUGAACUCGAACAAAUCAACCUCCAUUCUUAACACAAGCUCUGCUUCAGUCUUGUCAUAUAUUAGACCAUCUACUCCUAGCAGCCGCACUUCAUCAAUUACAAGACCUUCGACACCUUCAACCCAUCCAACAGCCUCAAGACCUUCAACUCCUUCUAAACCUCGUGCUUCCCCCAGCACAUCUUCCUCUGAUAAACUGAGACCGUCCGUAAGCUCACGACCUUCUACACCCACUUCUAGGCCACAAGUUCCAACGAACUUGAGUUCCCCUGCUGUUCGGUCCUCAUCAAGGCCAUCAACACCAACUCGUCGAAGCCCAGCACCAUCUCUAUCUCCAGCCUCUGGACCUUUGGCCUCAAGUGGGCGUGCUACCAUCCCAAAUGGUCGAAAUGUUGCUUCAGUGUCCCGUCCUAGCUCCCCUGUUCCACGUGUCCGCGCCCCUCCACAGUCAAUUGCCCUCCCUGAUUUUUCACUCGAAACACCACCAAACUUGCUGACAACUUUGCCAAACAGACCACUAUCAGCUGGUAGAUCCAGGCCUGCUGUGGGUCUCACCGUAAAAGGGAAUGUAGAGUCCACAAGUACUUCAACUUCAGUUUGCAGACAACCAUCACCUGUGAUUUCCAGGGGAAGACAUUCAGAACCCAUUGGAAGGGGUCGAAUGCCUGCCAGUGGGCAGCUGAGUGAUGCAAUUGACGCUCGCAGAGAGCUUUCGACACGGAAACCUUUGAAGACAUUCACAGAGAGCACAGGGUUUGGCCGGACCAUAUCAAAAAAAUCUCUGGAUGUGGCUACUAGGCAUAUGGAUAUACGAAAUGGCACCAAUGGUGUUCGUCCUCUUACAGGCUCGACUGUUUUUCCUCAAAGCAUUCGAUCCACCAACCACAAAAGCUCAUCCAAUCACCAUUUAAGUGCAAAAGCAUCAGUCAAUGGAAGCCUGCCUGUCAAGAAUAACGGCGCCAUUACCGAAAAUGGGUAUCAUUUUAAUAGGUCUUCAGAAAGUGGAAGUGAAGAAGACAAGUCUCAAUCUUCUGCAAAACUGACAAAUAUUGAUGUUUAUGAAAGUUCCCGUUAUGACAUGAUUCUCCUCAAAGAGGAUUUGAAGAACACCAACUGGCUGUGCAGUCUUGACGACAAGUCAGACCAGGAAUCCAUCUUUGAUAACGGAUUCGAACCUCUACCAGAACCUUUUGGCCCUCUAUAACCUCUCUGAUUGUGUGAACUUCGGUUUUUUGAUUUUCACGAUAUUGUUAAAUUAGUUGAUAUCUGAGAGAGAGAGAGGAAUUCUACAUAUGUUCGUGUGGUAAUGUAAGAACAUCUUUGUAACUUAUUUUCUUUAUACAAGAUUACCCAUAAUCACUCGUGUACAUUUGAGAAUGUCUUUGAAGUGAUAAAAAAUAUAGGAUGAGUGUUAGAAUAGAAUAUUCCUUCCAGCUCACCACAUUCUAGAGACUUCAAGAUGAGUUCAGCCGUCUGUUAUGUAGUUAGAUAUUAGUUUGAUAGAUUGUUAGAUUUUACUCUACAAAUACAGCACCGUGUAGGCAUUUUUAGAUCAUUGGAUUGUAGUGUCUUCCAAUCCCUCCUUCCAUGGAGGUUUCUCUCCUCCUUCAUGGAGUGUUUUUCUGCCUUCUAUAAUGGAGUGUUCAUUUUCUCCUUUCA